CUAACCUGCAGAUAAUGAUUUCUUUCUUGCAAGUCUUGAGCUGGAUAGCAUUACUUGGUGAACUGCUAGUAGGCGUUUUCUCAUUGGCUGCUGGUUUAUAUUACUUAGCUGAAUUGAUUGAAGAAUAUUCAGUGAUUGCUAAGAAGGCUAUCUCUGGAUUGACUAUAUUCGUACUCUUAUGUCAUGUUGGUUUGCUCCUGUUUGAUGGGUUUCCAUGGUUACUGAUAUCGGCAGGAGUGCUAUGCCACCUCUGCUAUGCUUCCUUGCUGUCGACUUUUCCUAACAUCAGUUUAAUGUCACUCGGCUUUAUUGGAGGAACUAUAUUUUUAGUUGCCAGUCAUGUUUUAGCUUUCCGAUACUUCAGUGAGGAGUGGUACACUUUUCAAGAGGUUGUUGCUUUCUUCUUUGUAUGUGAAUGGGUUGUUCCUUUCUCUCUCUUCAUAUCACUGUCAGCUAAUGACCUGGUACUGCCUACUCUCCAAACAUCAUCAGGAGCAGGUGGUGGUGAUGGAAUGGAGCGGAGACAAAGGAGAAGUGGAUUCCUGGCACUGGUUGACAUCUUGUCACAAAAGAUUAGCAACAUCACGCCAAGCAGAACAUCAAAAAGAUACUGAAUUGCACACAGCUGCACAAUAUUGCAAGAAUCACACACACACACACACACACACACACACACACACACACACACACACAC